AUGGCGGAGACGCAGCCGCGCUCGCCGCCGCCGUCGUGGUCGGCCAUCCCGCUGGACCUGGCAAGCCUGGUGCUCCGCCUCCUCCCCGCCUAUGCCGACCGCGCCCGCUUCGCCGCCGUGUGCCCGCAGUGGCGCGACGUCGCGCAGCAGUUCCUCCGCCUGCACCCGCCGCUGCCGCUGCUCGCGCUCCCGGACGGCACCUUCUACAGCCUCCCCUACGCCAAGCCCUUCCGCUUCCCGGGAUUCGGCUUCGCCGGGUACCAGGGCGUCUGCGGCAGCUGGCUCGUCUUCCCGCGCGACGACGAGUGCUUCCUGCAUGACCCGUUCGCCAGGGCAACCGUCAGGCUCCCUCCUCUCUCGCGCGUCCGGCUGCGUCCUCCAAACGCAGUCCAGAAAUGGACAAAAUGGGAAGACGGGGAGCGCUCCCCCGACCCUUACACCACAUGGAUGCAUAUAGAGGACAUGGAAGGGAAGCUGCGCAUGAGCAAGAUAAUAUUGUGCUCUCCCAACCUUGUUGCUGCUCUGGUCGGUGUUGGAAGGCCCUGUCACCUUCCAAUAUGCCAUCCAGGAGGCCCCAGUCAGAUUCUAAUGUGCCAGCCGGGGGCCUCGUCGUGGUCAGUACGCGCGUACGACAGGUGUAGGCUUUAUGAAGACAUGGCGUUCUACCAGGGCAAGCUCUACGCCAUUGCCAAUGAUGAGAACCUCUUUGUGGUGAACAUCAGCCAGGACCAAUGCACCGGGGAUCCACAGGUUUCUCGAGUUGGACAGGUCAUCAAGGGUGAUCCCUGGCAGACAGUUGCGUCCGAAGGUGACAAUGCACCCGGCAAGAAGCUCUACCUGGUUGAAUCACGCGGUCCAACCCUGUUCGGCAUCGACCACCCGACUCUCUCCGCGGUGAACGAGUCCGCCGGGUUCGUGGUCCUCUCGCGGACAGUCGAGCUCUGGCGCGGCGGUGAUGGCCGGCAGGGACCUCCCCGCCAGGCAUCCUUCAACACAAGCUUCACCAUGGACGGGACCUUGCCUGUGGCGUUCGUCGUCCUCCUCGACAGGUUCCCGACGUAUAAGGGAAAGUUUAUCAGCGUGACGACGUUCGUCUCGGGCCCCGGCGACCCCACGGAGCGCGGCAGCAACCGCUUUGCCACCGUCGAGGUUGGCACGGUGAAGUCGUACGCCCCGGAGUCUCCACGCGUGGGCCUCAACGUCACCGUCACGCCCAGCGGCGCGACGCCGAUGGUGACCGUGGCUUCCACGGCUGCCGUGGCCGCCGCCGUCGGUUUUUACUACAACUCCAGGUACAGGAGGUGGAAGAAGGACCUGGAGCAGCUGGCCAAGUCCAUGCAACGACUCCCGGGGAUGCCAUGCCGGAUCGACUUCUCCGACAUUAAGAAGGCCACGAAGAACUUCGACGGCACAAUGAAGUUGGGAUCGGGAACCUUUGGCUCCGUGUACAGAUGCAGGCUUCCUGCAGCACCAGAGACGGGCCGUCCAGAAAUGGAGGUGGCCGUCAAGAAGUUCACGCGAAACGACAACCGCCGCUUCGACGACUUCCUGGAGGAGGUCAGCGUCAUCAACCGUCUGCGCCACAAGAACAUCGUCCCUCUCAUCGGUACGUAG